AAAGACUAGUACCAGUAAAUUCAGACUUUUCAGGAAGUGUCCCACCACAACCGCAGGCGGACGAGUCGACGGUUCAUUCCAGCUAGGAGAGUAAACAACUAACGUUAGUUAGACACACAGCUAAGGACAUGAACUGAUAGUAACUGUGUAUCACGAAGAUUGGAUCGCGAUUUAAACAGCGGGACUGUAAUGCCUGCUGGUCAGGACUGUAACCAUGCCCAUGUUACCUGUAGUGCCUGAAGUCCAGAGUCAUGUGCUGGCUGAGUUUGACUGUCUGGACCCCCUGCUCUCUGCACUCCGCCUGGACUCUGGCAGGCUUAAGUGCACCUGCCUGGCAGUAUCGAGGAAGUGGCUAGCUUUAGGAACAUCAGCUGGAGGGCUGCACCUCAUCCAGAGGGAAGGAUGGAAGCAGAGGCUCAUCCUCACGCAUAAGGAGGGAUCUAUCACUCAGGUGUCAUGUUGUCCACAUGAUGAAGACUUUAUUGCUGUGGCAACAAGUCAGGGCCUGGUGGUAGUGUGGGAGCUUCAGCUGGAGCGGCGUGGCAGACCAGAGAGGGUCAGUGUUUCCUGGGAACACCGUGGCCAGACGGUCACCUCUCUCUGCUGGGACACCGCAGCCCUCAGGGUGUUUGCUGGGGACAAGGGGGGCAAGGUGUCCUUCCUCCGCGCUGGAUCCUCCAAACUCGGAAAGGGCUCAGCUUUUGUGAUCUUCCCCGUCCAGACCAUCACUACUGUGGAUUCCAGGGUGGUUCAGCUGGGUUAUCUGGACGGACGACUACUUGUGUCCUCUCUCAGCCGCUGCUACCUCUGUGACACGGAGAGGGAGAAGUUCUGGCGUGUUGGUAACAAGGAGCGUGACGGGGAGUACGGAGCGUGUUUCUUCCCUCUGAGUCGUGGCGUGACUGCUGGCCAACCCCCUCUGCUGUACUGUGCCAGGCCUGGGUCUAGAGUCUGGGAGGCCAGCUUCAGCGGAGAUGUCCUCAGCACGCACCAGUUUAAACAGCUGCUGGCCAUACCACCUGUACCUCUCAUCAGCUACAGAAGUGAGCCCCAUUACAACCCAGCCCAGAAGAGUUCCCAGUCCAUAGCCUUCCCCAGACUGUUAUACUUUGGAGAUCAGAACCUGCUGACCUGGACAGACUCGGCUAUCUAUGUCUUCACUCCUCAGAGUGGCCAGGUACUGCUGUGGACCGAGGUCAAAGACGUGGUUGAGAUAGCAGUGUACCGCAAUGAGCUGUUCUGUCUCCAUGGUGACGGCCACAUGUCCCACCUCUCGCUGUUGUCUGUGGAGCGGUGUGUCGACAGGUUGCUACGCAGGGAGGCGUGGUCUCUAGCGACCACGGUCUGUGUGAUGUUCCAGCAUGCUAUCGCCCCCAGCAGGUCCAGGAAGUCGAUUCCCAUCGACCGACUGGAUCACCUGAGGUCACAGCUCAGUGUGACCACCCACCUGGAUCUGAUUGGCCAGCUGGAGGAAGUGGUCGCCAAGCUGGAGCCUCUAGACUCUGCCUCCAGCAGUCGCAGGAGCAGCAUCUCCUCUCAUGAGAGCUUCAACGUCCUGGACUGUGGCAUCUACCGUGUCAUUAGCCGGCGAGGCAGCCAGUCAGACGAGGAGACCAGCUCCCUGGUCAGCCAAUCGAUGCUUGAGGAGGAGCGGCUGAAGGAGUUUAGCUUCGUUCAGGAGGAGGAGGAGCAGCAGCAGCAGGGGGCGGAGCAUGAUCCCCAGAGCGGUGGUGGUUUGGAGGUUACUGAACCCAGCGGUAACCACCAGUUCCACCUCCCCAUGUCAUUCCGCCCCAAACACUCCCGCAUCGCCCUGCAGGCCGUCAGAGACAGUGUCUCCAGUUUUGUGAAGAAGACUACUGAGAAGAUCAACACUCUCCAGAUGAACUCUGACCUUUGGCCACGUCCCCCUGACUCUAAGGACGGGGGUCAAGGACAUGUGGAGGCCGUAGCUACCACUGCACCGUUCCCAGAGGACGUUGACCAUGAGGAGUGUCUGGACCAAGGAAAUGCAGAGACUGAUCUACAGGACCUGAUAACAGCGACAGAGAAAGCACUCUCUCAGAUCCAGGAUCCCUUGGUUCUGUUGGACCCAGCCUGUCUAAAAGAAACUCUACAGGAGUGGAUCCCAGUGUUGGAGAGGGUUCUAGGUCCUGAGCUGGAUCUAGGUCUGGGAAAACAGAGUCCAGCUGGUGAGGGUCACCCCGGUGUGAAGGAGACGGAAGAUGCUGCAAACAACUGUCCAGAGAAUGUUCAGUCUGAGAUCCCCUCGAGCUCUCCUGAGGAACUGACAAAGGACGGCCAGGAGGAAGGGAGGAGAGGAGAGGAUUCCUCACAGCAAAAUGGAGGACAAGAGGACCAGAGGGAGGCUCAGGACCACCACAGACCUGACAAGGCCUCCACUGAAGAGAACCUGAGGGUGUGGUCCCCCAAACCUCUCCCCCCAGACCUCCAGGCUCACCUUACCCAGCUGGCCACUCUGUACCUGGAGCUGGACUAUUUUGGGGACCCUGUUGUCCAGAAAGAGAAGGGUGUAGUUGAGGUCAAUGCAUUCUUGAGACGGUUCUUCUUCCUUCUGGACCAGGAGCGGGUGAGGAGGAUGUGCCUACUCGGCUACGGGGACCAGCCUGAGGUCCACAUCUCCUUCAUGGAGGCCAUGCUAGAGCUAACCCAGUCCAGUAAGGUGGUAGAGGUGAUUCAGAAAGGAGACCUGCUGAAAUCUCUACGCUGUCUCAGAGAACUACAACCCUGGAGCGCUCCGAUGCUCCUCGCUCACCUGCACAGGUUGUAUGAGAAGCACGGAGAGUUAGCAGUUCGCUCCUUCACCCAGUUCUAUCCCACAAUCCUCCCCUCGGACAUCACAGCCAUGGCCAAACAUAGCCACUUCCUGGCUUACCUAGACAACCUUGUCCAAUCAUGGGCCGAGGAACAAAGACUGUCGUUCCUUGGGUCCCUCCUCCAACCAGAGACUCUGCGACAGGAUUGGCUGGAGCUGGCCCUUACCCACGAUGCACCUCAAAAGAGCGACACACUGACCACAGACGGACAACCGAGAUGGCACUCCCAUUUCUUCAGCUGGGGUUAUGGUCGUCUCCUAUCCCUCCUGAUCCGCCUUCCAGCUGACCUGGCCUCCAAACAGAAGAUGGCUGAGACAUGCAGGAGCCACGGGUACUGGACUGGCUAUGUGUACCUGUGCUGUGAGCUCCAGCGUCGUACAGAGGCUUUCUCUACCAUCUGUAGACUGGAUGACAUGAGUCUGCUGGAGGAACCCAGUGGCAUGGUGCCUCAGACCAUGGAUGAGUGGAAGAUGCUUCUCCAGCUGUCUCAGCAGUGUAGUAACAGCAGACCGUCUGACCAUAUCCCAACCCCGGCUCCCUCCCCUCCCCUCCCGGCCCCCUCCCCGGCUCCCACCCCCUCCUCGGCUCCCGCCCUCUCCCUGGCCCUAGCCUCCAACGGGACCAGCCCCAGCCUGACCAACGGUGGCUCUGCAGCUGACCAUAUCCAGACAGAGGUGACUCCAGAGAACCUGGUCUUGCGUCUGGCCCGGGCUGUGGGCCCCGACCGGGCCCUUGGGGCCCUACAGGAGGUGGGGAUGCAGUCGGACAUGGAGCUGGGGCCACACUCCACCCUGGUCUGUGAGCUGCUCCGUGUGGCUGAGAAGAGACAGAGGGCUCUGAUCCAGACCAUGCUGGAGCGCUGUGAUCGCUUCCUCUGGUCCCAGCAUGCUUAGCGAGACAACACCAACCAACGCGCCUAGCGGGUCCUCAACCAACGCCAUUUAGAACAACUAUUACGGACAACUGCUAUGGGGAGCAAUGUUAGGGUCAAUUCCAUUUCCAAUUCAGGCAGUUAAACGGAAAUUUAAAUUCCAGUUAUCCACAUUGAAAUGAAAUUGACCCUAGCCCUGAUCUGAUCCAGAGCCAUCCAGAACAAGUUAAAUUACCCUUAAUGUGACCACAAUGCUUACUAACUACUUUUUAAACUGGGCUCUAAUAAUUUAUGUUGUACCAUUCCUGAGUUCUACUCCGCACCAACAUUCUAGAAUGCCACUCUGGUUGACCUGGUUACAGUCAAGACAGACCACUGUAUUUAAGUUGUUACUAUUUUAUAGUUGCCAAAACCCUGCCUUACCGAAGAAAUAUGGGAUUAAUCUAUAAAUAAUCUGAAAGUAUUGUUUUUGAAUUGUAAGGUCCUCGGAUGCAUUUUCAACCCUGAUGAUGGUAUAUCUGACUUUGUUAUCAACGACAUCUCCUCCUUGGAUCAAACUACUGCAACGUGGUUAGAAAGCACCUGAAUGAAUUGUUUUGAAGACAAUUGUGAAAAUAUAAUUUUAUUGAAAUGCUCUAAUCUAUUAAUAUAAUAUUUAAUGUGAAUAAUAAAAUAUAUGAUAAUGAUGA